GCUGACCUUUACAUUUUGUGAUCGAUUUAUUAUUAUUUUUUUUUCCAACUUAUCUCUUUUUACUUCUUUACUCAAAGAUUUAGAGGUUGAACACGUUCUCUCACUUUACGAACAGAGAGGGUUUAGAGGUUGAACACGUUCUCUCACUUUACGAACAGAGAGGAUUUAGAGGUUGAACAUGUUCUCUCACUUUACGAACAGAGAGGAUUUAGAGGUUGAACACGUUCUCUCACUUUACGAACAGAGAGGAUUUAGAGGUUGAACACGUUCUCUCACUUUACGAACAGAGAGGAUUUAGAGGUUGAACAUGUUCUCUCACUUUACGAACAGAGAGGAUUUAGAGGUUGAACACGUUCUCUCACUUUACGAACAGAGGAUUUAGACCUAAUUUAAUUUCUCUAGUAGGAACCUUUUUUAAAAGUUAUUUAUGGUAAUCAAUGAUAUAAGUGGACGGUUUGGUCGGUCUCUGUUCGGGUUAUUGUCUCAGCUUUACAGACUGUUCUUGCAGGCUUCGCAGACAGAGGACAGGGAGACAUGAAGACGGCUGGCACUCUGCUAGUGAACCCUCCUCCUCCUCCUACUGAGCAGGUCACAUGGGUCCCCGAGGGUCACCUGAUAACAACAGUAAGUGCCCAGACCAUGUUCAAGGAUGUAUCCGUCGGCAUGGCGAUGCAGGGUGCGGGCGACGCCCCCAUGACCCAGAGCGGGGCGGAGUUUAACGUGAAAACGACCAAUGACACGACGGGGGGGAGCUGGGGCGAGACUUCAUAUUUAGUGCCCCAGGCCCCAAGCGGCGUAACAUCAUUGGACCGAGACUGGGAGGGAGGGGAGUGGCUAGACCCUAAUGACCACACCCUCAGAAACGGAAAGAAGUUCUACAGUCGCUCCUUCAGAGGUGGAGGAGGGAGGGGAGGACACGAGGAGGGAGGAGGAGCCAGAGGGUAUAGAGAGAACCGUUGGAGGGGUGAGAGACGGGGGGUAGGAGGUUACCGAGGAGUGGGGAGGAGAGAUAACAGGGAAGGUUUCCGGGAACAAGACCGAGGGGACAGGAAGCAGGAAGGAAGAGGGGGCGAUGCCACCUCUAAAGGACAAAAUGUGAGGGGUCGGGGGAGGAGCUACCACUACAAUCAACAGCAAUCCAAUGGCAGAGAGGCAGGCUACUCUAGUGGGAUGAGGAACCCCCCUUAUACAGAUUUGUGAGAUUUGAUUGGCUGAUAUGGCUUUUUUUUUGGGGGGGAUUGUUUAUAUUUUUGUUUUUUUCUGAUUUGGUAUUUUAAUCGUCUGGUUUGUGGGAUUAUAUAGCUGUCGUUGGACUCGUCUUUUAAAAAAGAAAAAAAAAUGUGUCUUUCUCCAUGUUAUUGUUGCUUUCUGGACUCAGGCUGUAUCCCAUAUAUAGUGCACUACCCCCCCAUAGGGCCCUGGUCAAAAGUAGUGCACUACCCCCCCAUAGGGCCCUGGUCAAAAGUAGUGCACUACCCCCCCAUAGGGCCCUGGUCAAAAGUAGUGCACUA